AUGCAGCAGAAAUCAAAACAAGACAAACCGACUCCAACUCUGAUUACAUCUGGAACCGAAGAGAUCCGUAGCUUAAGAGAGGAGGUGAGGGAAGAGAUUGGUCGUGUCCUUCAAUCCUACGGCGACGAACCUCUCAGCUUAACCAUCACAGGUCACAGUCUCGGUGCGGCUCUAGCGACUCUCACAGCCUACGAUAUAACCACAAACUUCUGUCAACCACCCCUGGUGACGGUCAUCUCCUUCGGUGCAUCACGUGUCGGCAACCGUGGCUUCAGAUGCCACGUGGAAAAUUGCGGAAGCAAAGUACUCCGCAUUGUAAACUCGGACGACCUCGUAACGAAGGUCCCAGGCUUUGUCAUCGAAGACUAUGACGUGUCAAAUAAAGAAAAAGAUACCGUCAACGUGGCAGGACUUCCAAGCUGGCUUCAGAGACGUGUGGAGGAUACACUAUUCCAAACCCAAUGGGUUUACGCAGACGUGGGUAGAGAGCUCCGAGUCAGCAGCAGAGACUCAACAUAUCUAACUGGACCCACCACAAAUUUAGCCACGUCACACGAGCUAGAUACGUAUCUACACUUGGUGAAUGGAUUCUUGAGCUCUGAGUGCCCUUUUCGGAAAACUGCAAAGAAAAUGUUGAGUAGACGCGGCGCAGAGAAGGCUCCGGUACUACGGUGA